GAUAAGCAAAGAUUGAAAAAAAUUAUGGAUGAAUUUAAUAAUAUGAAGGUUGUGGAUUUAAAUUAUGUUCGAAAUUUGGAAAAAUCAGCUUUUGGAAAAGAAGCAAAACGAGAAGGAAAAAAAAGGAAAUCAAAAAAAGAUGGAACCAUAUUGGAAGGUCAUGUUGGAUUCAAGCGUGGACAUUUAGCUUCGAAACACUUAAAAUCUAAACUCAAACAUGGCCCACAACGAGUACACAAGCCAAAGCAAAGACAAAACAAACAAGAGGACCAAAACAAAAAACCAAAGAAACAGAUGUGGUUUGAAACCAGGGCUGGAGCACUAAAAGGAGCCAAGUUUUUUACAGAAGCAGGAAAAUUUCUGACAAUUCUCCAAAACGCACUUCUUUCCUCCACCAAGUACAGCUAGUAGCAACUUCAAUUUUGAAACAACAAGAAUACGAUCAUUUUUGUAAUUUUAAAAUA